AUGAGAGCAAGCAGACAAGAGGACGGCGGCCGAGGUGGCCGAGGCGAAAGGACCGCACGUGCAAAUACCGGUGCUGCCUCUCCUCGCCGGGCUGAGAGAAUACAAUAUGGCUCUGUCCGGCCGCGGGACGAGUCCUCUCUCGAGAAUAGUAUGAGAGCAAACAGGCGAGACGAUAGCGGCCGAAGCGGCCGAAGCGGCCGAAGCGAAAGAACCGCACGCGCAGUUGCUGGGGCUGCCUCUCCUCGCCAACAGGCCAAGCUGCGCAAGAAGCUCACACGCAAGGAGCAUGAGCGGCAAAAGGAGCAGGAAGAGGAGCCGAGCAGACAGACGCGCCGAAAACGGUUCCUGAACCCCGAAAAGGAGUUUGGGAAAACCAGCCUGGUCUACCAGCUCAAGCACGGCACUCUCAAGAACGAGGUGCCCAUCGACAGUCUCCCGCAGCCUGUGCGAGCACGACCACGGGACGGCUUUGGCGCCGAGGGAGCAACCCCUCGAAACGACUCUCGAGACGCGGACAGGCAGACACAACGACAAGGAUGGGAUAGGCGAGCGUCUGGCCCAGGUCGGCCUCGCGACGGUGAUGGGUCAUCGCCGCGACAAGCGUGGGACAGACCAGUGUCUACUCGUAACCAAGGCCGUGACAGCCGACCACAGGAGCAGCGAUCAAGCAGAGACUAUCGCGACAAACGGCCCGAUGCCGCCAACGACUCGGCCGAAUACUCCAGCGCCGCUCGCAAGAUGAUGCCCCUGGCGAUCAAGUACACCACAGCCGCCUCGCAGUUUCUCUAUGGACGAUCGGUGGUCCAGGCGGCAUUGGAGCAGUCCCGACGAACCCUAUACAACCUCUACGUCUACGGCGGAGAGAACCGCGUCGACUCCUUUGCCAACCAGUCCAUGAUUCGGCUGGCCAAGACCCGGGGCAUUCCCGUCACAGUCGUGCCCAACGACCAGCAGCGCCUCAUGGACAAGAUGAGCGUGGGACGGCCGCACAACGGCUUCGUGCUGGAGACGUCGCCCCUCCCGCAGAUUCCCGUGACGGCGCUGGGCAGGCUCGAGGAGGCCGGGUCCGCCCCCGACGGGGCCGCCGGCUUCCACAUCACGCGCGGCCACCAGACGCGCGAGGAGGAAGGCAUCAACGGCACCGCCACCUUUAUCCGGCGACCAAGCGGCACCCGCACGCCCAACCCCCUCGUGCUGCUCCUCCACGAGAUCCUGGACCCGGGCAACCUCGGCGCGCUGCUGCGCACGGCCAGCUACCUCGGCGUCGACGCCGUCGGCAUCACCCAGCGCGGCUCGUCGGCGCUGACGCCCGUGGUGCUCAAGUCGGCCGCGGGUGCCGUCGAGGAAAUCACCCUCUUCUCGGUGGACGCGCCCGCCGCCUUUCUGGAGGCGUCGCGGUGCGCCGGGUGGGCGGCGUACGCGGCCGUCGCGCCGCCCGAGGCCAAGCUCGCGCGCAUGCACGGCGCCAAGUUUGUGUCGACCGACGACGUCGAGCGGCGCAGCCCGCUGCUCGACAAGCCCUGCAUCCUCGUCCUCGGCAACGAAGGCUACGGCCUGCCGCGCCAGAUCAAGGUCGCGGCCGACUACGAGCUGUCCAUUCCGCGCGUCGUCGAGGACAGCUGCAUCGAUAGCUUGAAUGUGAGCGUGGCCGGCGCGCUGCUGACGCAUGCGUUCAUCAAGGGCGCGCUGCCGAAGAAGUCGGCGAGCCCGUUUGACAGCAUGGCGGUGGCGCGGAAAGAGAACCAGGAGGGCAAGGAGGACGCGCUGUUCUGA